GGACUCAAAGAUUUCGCUUGUUAACAGUCCUAUGUUUACAAUUUAUAUCAUAUAGAUUUUGUAGGAUAAAGUAAACCCAGCUCAGAAUCAGAUUAGUGAUUUCAUGGUGCAACCCGGCCCAUAACCUGUUUCAGUCCAACAUAAACAUCAUCGUCUUCAGACGACUUGGGUCAAUUCUGCUGCUACUGUGAGAGAAAACGAGGGUGAACAUGGAGGUUUUCGUAGCCAGAUCUCGUUUAACCCUAAUUCCCUUACUCCUCGCCUUGCUCUCCCUAAGUUUCGGAUCGUCUUCUUCACUCACAUCUUCAUCAUCGGAGCUUCAGAUCCUCACCGCUGAACGCAGAAUUGAUUUGGCUUCGCACAUUAUUAGGGUUGUCUUGACUUUGAAGGUACAAAAUGAUGGGGCAUCUCCUGCUAAAAAUGUACUUCUUUCAUUUCCACCACCACAAGUGAAGCAUCUAGCACUUAUCCAGGCUGCUGAGCUUACUGGAAAAAAGAAGAAGAAAGCUGUACAUCCACUUGAUGUGACACCAAGCAACCAUGCAGAUGGGCCAAAUGGAGCCAAAUUCUUCUCUAUUUCUUUGAGGAAUCCAUUGACAACUGGUGGAUCUGUCUCAAUAGAAGUAUCAUAUAUAUUGACCCAAUCUCUUGAACCUUUUCCUGUAGAAAUAAGUCAAUCAGAACCCCAAUUAGUCUUAUACCGUGACAGUGCUUUAAUAUUAUCACCAUAUACAAUUAAACAACAAACAACAGUCAUCAGAACACCAAGCACCAAAGUGGAAUCAUUUACAAGAGUGGAACCUUCAUCCCAAAUACGCACUGAGUUGAAGUAUGGACCUUAUGAGAACCAGUCUCCAUAUUCAUAUACUCCCAUACUUGUUCAUUUUGAGAACAACAAUCCAUUUGCUGUGGUUGAGGAACUUGUAAGAGAAAUUGAAAUAUCUCACUGGGGUAACCUUCAAAUCACAGAGCAUUACACUUUAGUCCAUAAUGGUGCUAAACACAAAGGAGGGUUCUCAAGGGUUGAAUAUCAAUCUAGGCCAACUAUCAGUGGUGUCUCUUCAUUCAAACACCUUGUAGCUAAAUUACCCCCAAGGGUUCACUCUGUGUAUUACCGUGAUAACAUAGGCAAUAUCUCAACAUCACAUUUACGCACAAGUUACAGCAAGUCUGAACUUGAAAUAGAGCCACGAUAUCCUUUAUUAGGAGGUUGGAGAGCCACCUUUGUCAUUGGAUAUGGACUCCCACUUCAAGACUUCCUUUUUGAGUCAAAUGAUGGUAGGCGUUACCUCAACUUCAGUUUUGGGUGUCCUAUUGCUGAAACAGUGGUAAACAAAAUAACAAAUAAGGUUGUCCUUCCUGAAGGAUCAAAGAACCCAUCUGUUAUCGUUCCUUUUUCUGUAGAACACCUAUCAGAGACAAAGUAUACUUAUCUUGAUAUUGUUGGAAGACCAGUGGUGGUUUUGGAAAAGGAAAAUGUAGUUCCUGAACACAACUCUCAUUUCCAGGUUUACUACAAUUUCCACCCGAUGUUCAUGCUUGCAGAGCCAUUGAUGUUGACAUCUGUUUUCUUCUUUUUGUUUGUUGCUGCUGUGGCUUAUCUUCACAUGGACAUCUCAAUAAGAAAAUAAAGAGACCAUGAGGAAUUAGAUUAUAUGUAAAAUUAGACAUGAGGCAAACCAACCAUGUGACACACUUAAUACACAUCUAGCUACAAAAGAUUAAAAAGUCCCAACAUUUUUCUUCAAAUAGUUGAGGCUUUAAAUUUUAACAACCAACGUGUUUUUGGAUGAAGGUGGCGUGGUUAAAAAUUGGAAUUUUGCUACAUAAAACAUGAGAUGUUUUUUUUUACAAAAUGGUUACUUUGAAAGUUAGGAGGUGUUUUUUUGCUAAAAUGUGAGUCAUUGUGGACUUGUAGUACAAAUUGUCCUUCUCAAAUUAUUAUUCUGAAACAGACUUUUUGGAUAAAGGAAUGGUUAACUUUGAAUUAUGGGAUUUGACAAGGCAAAAGAUUUCAAUAAAUUGAUGUGACUGUUGGCAUAUGUCUUGUUUUUUGUUUUGGAUGUAUAUGUGUAUGGUUGUGGCUAGGUUGGGCAGUAUGGGCUCACUAGAUCAAUGGUCCACACUUUGUUGACAUUUAGCACGAUCAAUUAUUAGAGUUCAAUGAACCAUGGUCCAUUAUGGUCCAGCCUUUGGUUUGCUGGGUUAGUUGCAUUUGCGUUUGCAUUUGAAUUGCACCACUCUCAUAACUUUUCUUUCUCACCUUUGACUUUGACCAGCUUCUGUUUGUAUCACAAUUCACACACCAUUGUCUUUCUUGUCAACUGAUCAUUUGAG